AUAAUUUCAAAUUUUCUAUUGCCAAACAUUUUUUGGAAACAUCUUGGAGUUUAAAUUUUCUUUCUAUUUCGGUUUCAAAAUAACUCCGAAUUUCCUUUUCAAAUAAAUUAUCUUUAAAGAAUGUACUUAAACUCGGCAAAAACGGGAACUGGGCAAAAAACUAAUGCGGUUAAGCGACAAAAACUGGAUGCAGAAGCAAUAAGAGAUACUGCCAAAAUUAGAUGGAAUGGUAAUACUUCAAAGCCCAUAACUAGAUCGGCUACAACAACAAAACCUACUGGAGUUUCUAAGAAUUCAAUAAAUUCUAAAUUGCCCGGACCUACAAUUACCAUCACUCGAAAACGUACCACAGAUAGUACCGUAAACAAAAACCAUACAAUCAAUUCCAAAUAUGUCGCAAAAAAGAAUUUUAACACUCAAAAUAUUCCAUCAAAACCGGCCACAAAUAAACGUGGAACCCUAAAUCCCGUAGUCAUCAAAUCUAACCUCCCUGCUGCUAUAAAUCGUAAUAUGACGGUAGCUAAGAAGCCUCAAUGGAAUCGCAACAACACCUCAUCGUCUUUGGGGCGAAAAGUUCAACAAAAAGAUAGUAAAACUAUUCAAAAUAUAAUAACCGACUCUGGAGAUAUUGCCAUACAGACCCAAGAAGAAGAAAUUCUAAAUCAUUCUCUAAUAGUGGGUGACAUAAAAUUUCUAAAUCCCUCCAAGCACAUUGUGGAUGAAAUUGAAAAAGGACGCAGAGACUUGAAAAACAAGCAACUGUUGAAAACGAAACGCAAAUUCCCAGAACACUCAGAAAGGCAAGAAGAACAUUUAACCGAUCUGCAGGAAUUCCUUGACAAAUCAUACGUCACCAAAAGGAAAACACCGCGUAAAUCUUGUGACGCCUUUGCAGAGAAUCAAAAACUAAUGCAAAGCAUGGAUCAAUUACUGAACCGAGAAAUGCCCAAAACCGAAUCAAUUGCAGAUAUAAGAGCCCGCAUCAAACGCAAAGAAGAAGAACUGCUAAGUCUCUUCGAUAAUGUCGAAAGUACGGCACGUUUGUUAAUUAAUAGUGGUAAUUGAUUCCAUUUUAUCUUGUCAUCUGAUAUCUGUGUAACAAAACUUUGUGAAGAUGAAAUAUGUAAUUCAUUAUAAAUUGUAUUGUUCCUUUGUUAAUAAUAAUAAAUAAUUGUUGGUA